AUGGACUACACGGAACUCUGGAAUUUUGUCAGUGUCUACACUUCUGGGUUUACUUCUAUGCUAAGAGCCCGCCUGCCCGCCUCCCCUGGCCUCCCCGCCUCAGCAGUCCAGACCGAUCCAGCCUCCCGCGUCCUCGGGAACUCCCUGACCAGCCAGGACCUCAGCCUCCGGCCCCCUGCGUCCUCGGGACCCCAGCCAGGUCGGAAAGUCACCCCGAUGGCCAGCGGGAGCAAGAUGGGCAUCCGUCCUCGCAGCCCCAGCCCCUGCUCGGGUCUUUGCGCAGAAGCCCAGGGCGGACCCAGCAGUCCCAAGCGCCUGCGACUGGACCAGCCCGGACCUGUCGCCAGCCCGGAAGCUGCGCCCGAGGGGCCCCGGAGCCCAGGCGAGGGGCCCGCGGAAGCCGAAGCCCAGAGCGGCUUCACGUGCCUGGUGAGCCUGGCCCCCGGCUGCGCCCUCAAGCUGCCCCUGAGCCACGCGGAUGUGCUGCUGGAGCCCAGGCCCGCCGCCCUGCUCACGGUGAACCUCCCGCACCAGACGCUCUUCCUGGUCCCCGACGACCUCGUGGUCCGCCUGGAUCCGCACGCGGCGCAGCGGGGCGACCGAGCCCGCGGCCUGCUGCUCAAGGUGCGGAGGGACGCCAUGUGGGAGGACAUCAGCAUCUGGGAGGAGGUGUGCUGCGAGGCGGGCCCCGAGCUCCCCGUCCCGGAGGACGCCCGCGGCGCCCCCGACUCCCACCCCGACUUCAUGGAGAUCUCGUGGUCCAGACCCCAGCGGGGGCCCGUCGAGCUCAGCGCCCCUGCGGACGGUGGCCACGCCGAGGCCAUCGAGAUCAUGGAGGAUUUCCGGCUGUCGGGCUCCGUCCCGGACUCCCCGCUGCAGCCUCUGCCUCGCUUUCCUAGUCCCACCUGCAGUCCGCAGCUGAGCCCCCGGCGCCCUAGGGACCUCCCGUGCCGCAGCCGCAGACGCCUGUUCCCAGAUGACUGA